AUGACAUUGCUUUCUAUCGAUAAAAUAAGCCCUCCGAGCCUGGUUGGGGCAUGCGUGGGUUUCGCGUCUUUGUUUUCGGUAUGGUAUAUUAUUACGACCAUCGUGGCAUGGUAUCGACUUCGACACGUCCCCGGCCCAUUCCUUGCCUCGUUAUCUCACCUCUGGGUAGCGAAAAGCAUAGUCUUCGGUACGAUCCAGAAUGACUUCAGCGGGCUCGGAACGAAGUACGGGACCGUAGUACGGGUGGCGCCCAAUUAUAUCUUGACCAGCGAUCCAGAGAUCCUUCGCCGGAUUGCAUCAGCCAGAAGUAACUACGGCAAAGAUGAGUGGUAUGAAACAAUCAGGUUUGCUCCAGAACACAGGACCAUGGUUACUAUACUCGGGAACAGUGCGCACGAUCAGCGUAAAGCAAAGGCUCUUAAAGGGUACAACGGGCGAGAGAAUGCCGAUCUCGAAUAUGCGAUUGAUUCCCAGAUCGCUCACUGCGUCGACGUCGUCCGGCGCAAGUACCUGUCGGGGUCUGAAACCCGUCCUGUUGAUUUCGCUUCUUUGUCCCGUUAUUUUACCCUAGAUAUAAUCACCCGGCUUGCGUACGGCCAGGCGUUUGGCUUCUUAGAUGCCGAUGGGGAUCUAUACGAAUACACGAUCCGGAUAGACAAGGCGCUAAAGACGCGGAACCUUUGCCAAGAGGUUCCGUUUCUUAAGCACAUCAUAUUUUCCCGUCCCUUCCACGCAUUGUUCGGUCCAAAGCCAACUGACGAGAAGGGCAUUGGGAAGGUGAUGGGGAUCACGCAAAAGAUUAUCGGAGAAAGAUUCAAAGAUGCGAACCCUCCGGACGAUAUGAUGGGGUCGUUUAUUCGCCACGGCAUGACGGAGGAUGAAUGCAGGAGCGAAGCCAUGCUUCAAAUUCUAGCUGGGGCGGAUACAACCGCGGUAGCUAUUCGUACCACGCUGAUGUAUAUCGUAGCUACGCCUCGGGUAUACUCCCGGCUUAAGACAAUGAUCAGACAGUGCGUGGAGCGCAACGAAGUAUCUACCCCUAUCACAUACGAGGAGGCCCAAAAGCUGCCCUACCUGAAGGCAAUCAUCCUAGAAGGCAUUCGAAUGCGAAGCCCCGCGCCAUACGGACAUUACAAGAAAACUCCACCAGAAGGGGACGUGAUUAACGGGAUUUUCAUUCCUGGCGGUACUGCGAUCGGCCACAACUCCAUCGCCAUGACUCGCAGCAAGGCCAUCUUCGGUGAAGACGUCGAGGUGUUCCGGCCAGAGCGUUUCCUCGAAGGUGAUGAAAAAACCAAGGCCGAAAGAGCCUUUACAAUAGACAUUAUCUUCGGUAACGGCCGAUGGACGUGUGCUGGGAAGCCCAUUGUUAUGAUAGAGCUUCACAAAGUUUUCUUCGAGUUUCUUCGUGUAUUCGAUUUCCAAAUAGUCAAUCCUGGCAAAGGCUGGGAUGAAAAUUUAUACUUCGUAUAUUUCCAGUCGAACAUGUGGGUGGCAAUCACGAAGGCCGAGAAAAACGAAUAA